AUGAAUGCUCGAAAGAAUGAAUGUGUCAUAUUUCCUGUCGAACAAGUCAUUGCCACAUCGUGCGGAGCAAUGUGCACAGCACUGUUGAUGACACCAUUCGAUGUUGUGAGAAUACGAUUACAAUCACAACAGCAUCCAUUGAGCAAGGGCGACUGUUUUGUUUUUCGAAACGGAUUAGGUGAUCAUAUCUGCACGUGUUUCAAUGGACAAGAAACGGUGCCUUGGUAUAAUCGAACCAUUCCAGGCAAAUAUAGCGGUACUAUUGAUGCCCUACUGAAAAUCACACGAAGUGAAGGUAUUCGAUCGUUGUGGUCAGGUUUACCACCGACGUUGGUAAUGUCGUUACCAAAUACUGUCAUUUACUUUACUACGUAUGAGCAAUUGAAGUGUUUUAUGGGUUACAAAAGAACGAAUUUGAAUCCGGUGAUACCGGGUGUCGCUGGAGGUUUGGCACGCAUAUUGGCCGUGCUUGUUACAAGUCCAUUAGAGUUGAUUCGCACGAAGAAAAUGUCAGAGAAAUUAUCGUAUAGUGAAUUGUUGAAUAUGUUGAAAGGAUCGAUCGAGUCGGAUGGUUUGCGCUCGUUGUGGAGAGGACUUAUACCAACUAUUUGGCGAGAUUUACCAUUCAGUAUUUUCUAUUGGUCAACUUAUGAACGACUAAAAUUAUCGAUCAUGAAAAAGUUCAGUACAUCACCGACGUUAAGUGCAUUUUAUUCCGGAGCAACAGCCGGUGCACUAGCAACUGUUCUUACACAUCCAUUUGAUACUGUCAAAUCAAUUCGUCAGGUUCAACUAGGCAAUAAUCAACCACUAGCAACUAACCAUGGUGAAGUUUGCUGUCGUCUUUCGCCGUUGGCAAAACGCAAGUAUAGUUGCUGCUAUCAUUUAAUAGAUUCUUUUUUCACACGCGAUACAAGUAGUAAUAGUAGGUGGACGACGAUAAUCAAAAUUGCCAUUAUCCUAAUUUUCAUGCGUACGUCUCUCGUCACGGCAAAUGCGUGUGAAAAAGAAUUGUUUGUUCUUCUUUUGCUCUAUCUGUCACGCUAUUUCGAAAAUAAAUGUCGAUGA